CCUGGUCUAGCGGAAAAUGUUCCUUUACCUGUCCCUGACAGGGGGUGAAAUGAGAUGAUCCAAGUCCCUUCCAAUCCAAGCCAAACUAUGACUCCACUGAUCCAUGACUCCAUGAGGCUGGGUCCUACUGGCUCCCAAGAGUGGAGUGGUGUGUGUUGCCUGGCAACAGGAGCUGUGAUGAAGAGGGGCAUGAGCAGCGCAGGCUCCAGUCCUGCAAGGGAUGAGGAAGGAGGAAGGAGCCUGCUGAUCCAACUGGGCAAGAAGGCUUCUGACCAACUAGGGAUCAAGUGUGUGCAGACAUGGAAACAUCCCUGGACACGCUCAGCCUCUCCCAGCUCCUGGAUCUCUCCAUCGGGGUGCCCCAGAAGGGGGCCAUGCAUUUUGCAGCCAUGAGAAAACUGCUGCAGGUCAUGCUGGAGCACCUGGAUGUGCAGUACCUGACCACCGAGGAGCCGUGGCCGGGCCAGCUGAGUGGCCCCUCACUCGCUGAUGUAGCUGCUGAACUGAAAGAAUUUAAGAAGGAGAUGGAAGUCUACAAGAAACAGACGUCCAAGGUUCUUCGUGAAGACAUUGGUGGGAUAAAGAAAGAACUUUCCCGCAUGUCAGAGGAGUUCAAGAAGUUCCAGGAGGCACAGACUACAGCUGUUUCCAAGAACCAGAAUGAGAUUGAAAAGUUGAAGGUUGCCCAGCGUCAUGUGGCAGAGGACAUGAAGAAGAUCCAGCAGACACGGGAUGAGGACAUGACUCUCAUCCAGGAACUCCGUGAGGAGAUUGACAGGAUACAGACAGCACAGGGCCUCAUGGAAGGAGACAUAAAGAAGAUUAAGGAGGCCCUUGACUUAAUGAAGAAGAUGGGAGAAGACAUUAAAAAGCUGAGGGAGGAUACAACCAAGUGGAGAGAAGAGACCAGCAAGGAGAUCAUUCAGCAAAUGGAGGCUGUGCUGCAGGAGACAAAGCGGGAGCUGCAGAAGAUGGAACAGCAGCAGAAGAUAAGGAAUGCCAUGCUGGAACAGAUGGUGGCUGACACAGCCAGUCAACUGAAUGAACAGGACCAGAAGCUGAGCCAGCAGAUGGAAGCUAAGUUUUUGCAGGUUCAAAAAGACUAUGAGAAACUCAGCUUUGCCUCAGGGAGCAUCCAGAAGGACUCUCAACAAAAACAGAAGGCAAUUGAGAUGCUGUUCCAGUCUCUGGAGAAGCUGCAGAAGGAGAAAGCAGAUGAACAGGAAAUGUUGGCAGCCAUGGACACGAAGGCCGACAAAGAUGCCUUAGGCAACAAAGUAGAUUUCAGCCAGUUUGAAGAGAACGUAGAAUGGAUGGAUGAGAGGAUGCAGGAGCUGCAGAGCCAGAUUUCAGGCCAGGAGGAGCACUGGAACAAGAUGCAGCAGCAGUUCAGCGAUGCAAUGGAAGAGAAGCUGGAUCGCUUGGAGCUGAAGGCUUUCCGUAAACGCCUGGAGGAGUCCUGGAACAGAAACAUAGAGGAUCUUGAGAAGAGGAUGAUGGGUGAUACUGGUGCUGGGAUUAAGAAGCAGCUGCCAGUCCCUUUCUCGUGCCUGUCCUGUGACCGCAUGCUCACCAUGCACGUUCCUGGCCAGAACCCCGAGACUCUCCCAUAUUUGCAGCCGCUGCCUCCCAGCAAGGAGCCACUGUACAGCCAAAGGUAGGGACUUUGAG